AUGGAUCAACAUUGGUUAUAUCCUCCAACUCACCAACAAACAUGGACUCCAUCGAGAGGACUUAAACGCGGAAUUUCAGAAAGUGACUGUGAUGACGGAUCAAGCCUUUCAUCAAAGGACCAUGCCUCGCCUGGCGAAUCAGAUCCCUGCCAACUUGUAAGUCGCAAAAAACGUCGUGGAGUAAUUGAGAAGAAACGCCGUGAUAAAAUCAAUAAUUCGCUUGUUGAAUUGAAACGCUUAGUGCCAUCAUGCUUCGAGAAACAAGGCUCCUCAAAACUGGAAAAGGCAGAAAUUCUCCAAUUAACAGUGGAUCAUUUGAAAAAUUUACAUGCUAAAGGAAACGAUCCUUACGCUUAUGACCAUCAACGUUUCGCUCUCGAAUACCACAUCACCGGAUUCCGUGAAUGCGUUUCCGAAGUUGCCCGUUAUUUAGCCACAAUUGAAGGUCUCGACUUGCAAAACCCUCUCCGUCUUCGUCUCAUGUCACAUUUGCAAUGCUUCAUGGCUCAACGAGAACUUUCCGCUCGAUCAACUGCUUCAUCCGCCACAAACGCAUACGCCGCCUGUCCUCCUCCCGUCGCACCUCCAACUGUUUCCUCGACACUUUACCAACAAAGUUACCAACAAAUGCCGCAAUCGAUGCCCUCCGUCGCUGCCACACACAUUCCGCGCCCCCUUUCGCACGAAUCCGAACAAGUCACGAGCACGUCAUACAACAACAACAAACAACUCGAACAGGAUGCCGGGGGACACGUUUCGCCCGUAAAUCACCAAAUGCAAGGCACGCCAUACGGAAAUGCGGAAAGUCAUCAUCACAUCGAGCAUCAUCACGGAUCGACGUAUAUCGAUUUGACGAAUAGCCGGAAUAGUUUUCAACCGUAUGCGACGACAUAUCCGGGCGAGCAUCCCGCCUACGCGAAUCAAGCGACGUACAAUCACAACAGUUCGAAGCCUUACAGACCGUGGGGCGCGGAAAUGGCUUAUUAA